UUUGCUGAGCCGCCGCUGCAGGAGCACUGGAACCAAAACAACGCGGAGCUCCGAGAGGCAGAGUCUGAGCUGCACAAGAAGCACGUGGGGAAGGCUUGGGAUGAUCAGCUAACACAACAAAACAAGGAAGAGGUGACCAAACUUGAAGAGAAAAAAUGUUAUGAAAACGAGUAUGAAACGGCACGAGGGGAAGCGCUGGAAAGAACAAGCCAAGAGGAAGAGAAGCCUCAGCUGGAGAAAACCUUGCUUCAGCAGAUAGAGGAACUGAAACUGCAGGAGACAAAGGCAACAAAGCUGAAAAAGGAACAAGAGAAUUUAUUAAAGCAGCAGUGGGAGCUGGAGAAUUUGGAAGAAGAAAGGAAACGAAUGGAAGAGCAGCGGAGGAAGAGCGAGCUUGGUCGCUUUCUGAAGCAUCAGUGUGAUGUCCAGCUAAGGAGACGAGCGCAGCAGGUACAGGAGGAGCUGGAGACAGACAGGCAAAUCUUAUCAGCCCUCCUGGAGAAAGAGGAGGAGGAUCAGAGCUGGCAGAGCCCACGGCAGGGACGGGCAGUGGCAGACGUGGCCUGGAUGAAGAAGGUCAUUGAGGAACAGCUCCAGCUGGAAAAGGAGAGGGAAGCAGAGCUUGAGACUAUCUUCAGGGAAGAAGCAAAAAAAAUAUGGGAGAAGAGGGAAGAAGAAUGGGAAAGAGAGAAGGGGGCCAGAGAUCGCCUGAUGAGUGAGGUCCUUGCAGGCAGGCAGCGCCAGAUCCAAGAGAAGAUGGAGCUAAACAGGAGGGCCCAAGCAGAAUCCAUUAAAUAUCGAGAGCAGCUGAUCAAAGAACUCGAGGAGGCCAAGGAAGGGACUCAUCGGGACAAGGAGCAGGAGGAGCAGCAGCAGAGAGCCCACAGGAGGGAGCUGCAGGCACAGUUCUACAGUUACCCAAGAGCAGCCUGGACCUGAGGAAUGAGCAUGAGAUGCAGCUCCAGACUACAGAGAGAAAACUCUGAGGACUCAAGGAACUCCUGAAAUAAUGGUGCUUCUGGAAUAGCCUACAGUGAGAUCAAGACUUGACUCAGUAGAUUUCUGAAAACAUUAGUUGUGGCCAAAAUGAAGAGAAGUGAAGAAGUGAACUGCUUCACUUUGCAUUCUGGAGUUCUGCUCAUGUAUUUCAGUACAUGAGAGGCUGAAGCAACCCAGCAAAUUCAAGGGCCCUGUGGACCUGAGCCACCAAAGAAUCUGUGUCUCCCCAGGAAGAGGAGCUGUGGGGCUGUGCCAGACUCCCACUUUGCAGAAUCAGGCUGUGCCUGGGUACUCAUUGGACUGUGAGGAGUUAAUUAAUAAUGUACAUUGCUAAUCAGCCAGAUCAUGUGUGCUGGGGCAGCAGUGCUUGUCCACUUCCUCUCCAGAAGGUGCUGGAGACUUAACCAUUGUUUUUCACUUGUUUCAUAAAUAAUGAAUAAUUGAAACCUGAACAAGGAUUUGGUUUUGUUACAUGAGCAAACUACAGCAGCAACAGGAGAGGAGAUUGAGUUGAUUAUUGCAGUUCAUUCCUUGCUCUUACCAUCCACAACUGCAGACUGACAUCAGUCCUGUCACAGUGCACAAGGAGCUGUUACAAAAACUGGCAGCACUUUCCCCAAGAGUAGAAACCUUUCCAGAGAUCUUUAGAGAACCAGCAGUCAAAUAAGCCCACAUUAUUUCACACACUGAAAGGGUUUUAGCAUUUUAUAGUAAUACUGUAAACAAAAGAUUAAAAGUCAAAAUAUUGUACAGACAGAAUGACACUGAUAAAUACAAGGUUUGGAAAAAGGCAAAAAAAGCUUUUCCUUUCCUCUGCAGCAUUUUGUAAAGGAAGAGCACGUUUGUUUACAGGGGAACAAGAGAUCUAGGCCUAAAAGAAAAACACACCUUUGUUACUUGAGGUGCUACAAACUCUGUGACUGCAGUGCUGUGAGUGGAGGGUUCAUGAACUUGCUGCUGGGGGUUCCUGUGGGGUGUGGACCACUCUGGUUUCAGUGUAGCUGGAGCAGGGGCUGGCAGUUACUAAAGUGUCCCUUGGUUUUGGAUCAAAGGCAGGUUUAAAUAAGGGAUAAAUUACACCAUAGCUCAGUGUCGCCCUGCUUUGGAAAGCAGGUAAGAUAUGUUAAAGAACAGCACACAGUGGUGUCCUGGGAGACUGGAAAAUACCAUCUGCUGCCUUUCAGACAUUAUUUAAGGAAAAGUUCCUAGAAGAUUCUCAGUGUGUUUAAUUAAUUGCCAGUUUCAUGAUUUUGAAGUAGGUUUCACAAAGGUCAUUUGCAGUUUUAAUCCCAGCCCUGCCUCUGCUGUCAGGCUAGAGCUGCUUCUGGGGUUCAGAAGGGCAGAAAGGAAAUAAAACACCAUAAUGAAGAACAUUAAUUUACUGGGCUGUCAUCUCCUCUCUCCAUUCCUUCCCUCCCUCAGACUCUGGGAGCCAGACAGCACCAGGAAUCCAGCAGUGCUGUGCACUUGUGCUUGGAUAUAUCCACACAAACACACCAUGGCUGGCUCCUGGGCAGGGACAACACAAUUCCAACUGGGACAGAGGCAAAAAUCAGUGAUUUCCUGCACCACCUCAAAUUCAGACUCCCAAAAAUAUUCUCUAUUUUUAAAUUAUGGACUGACACACUUCUGUGAACUGAGAAACCUGGAGCACACAUGGCCACUGGGGCCAGGCAGCCUGGCAGGGGAUACUUAGCAAGUUGUCAAAUUUUGAAAUAUUUGCAUAAAAUACUUAAAGACAGAAGAAAUGUUUUCACAUUUGGAUAUGUUGAGGUACAGAGGUUAUGUGCUGUGGCAGACACAGCUGCUUUUGCACUGGCACUCUUCUAACUUCCUUUUUUUUUGUUAAUAAGCACAGAAAUCUUUAGUGAAAUUGCAUCUGGAGUUACUGAGAAAUGCUGCUGCAAACAAGACCUCAAAGAUGACAGGAAAAUUCUGCAGGAAACUUAACAAUGAAUUACUAACUCAGAAACAAAGGAUAAUAUUUUAACCACUAAUGCCCUAAAAUAACAUCAAACAUAUAUAUUAAUGGCAUAGUGACAACUAAAAGAAGUAACUAUUAAGUUUCAAAUUCCUUCCAAAACAUAAAGUGACAAAGACCUUGUAGAGUUACACGUAACAAGCUUGGAUGCCCACAACUACUACUGGUUUAGCAGACUAAAAAAAAAGAAAAACAAAACAUAUUGCACAACAGUUGAUAUGGGAACAGAGAACGUUGGGCUUGCACCCCGUUACCAGGACAAACCUUCUUCCUGCUGGGAGCAGUUCCUGGAGCCUGGGGAGCCUCAGCCAGCAGGAUCCCAGCAUGGGGAGGCUCCAGAGGGAUGGAGAUGCUGCAGUGGUGUCAGAGCAGGAUCU